AUGUCUAGUUCUACUAGCGGUGCUGUGAAGCUUUACGCGCCUCAUAUCGUGAAGGAGAUACAACCUCCUCGGGGUGGUAGUCCUGUUUACUGGAGUCUGCGUCGUUCUAUCUUUCGGACUAAGACUAACUUCAUGCGUUUAGCACGUCAGGUGCGAUGGAACAUCUGUUUAAUCCGCAUGUCUUUUGCUGGAGUUCCUAAGCGUUCUUAUGACCCUAAGAUCAACCAAUGGGUAACAUUAAUGGACAACGAAGAAUGGGGAGGUGAUCGGUCGCCCCGUCGUUCUCGUGAUCUAUCUUACGAUCGUUCCUCGAAAUGGAAGUCAAAGAGUAGCCGUCGUGGCGGUAAUGCCAGCACUCGUGAAAAGUCUACUAGUUCUAAGAAGGCUAGGGAAGAGCAGGAAUUUUUGACAUCCAUUUAUGAUGGCUGUGUAUUCUCUACCUUGGACCUCAUUUUCGUAGUAUCGAAGCACCUAUUUAGCUUGGUAAAAGACGAUUCGUUGCCUCUUGAUGUGUAUGAGUUACGGCGCGACAUUGCGGACCACUUUGAGGGUUCUCAAAGGCUGCGGUUCAAUACGGUGUGUAAUAUAAACGCUCUCUGCUCCAUACUGAAGUAUCUUAGUUCAGGAUCGGCAAAGGAAGGAGGCGCUCACGAUGAGGAUAAAUCGGCGGAUGGCCGGGGCGGGCGAGCGAAACGCCGUGAUACUGGCAACCACAAGGAGUUGCAGAACGGACAUGUGAAGCAACGUGACACCGCUUCGGACUCGCAUAUUUCCGAAGGCGCGGCCGAUGAUAGGAACUCUGUUGAUAGCACGGUGGUUUCUGAUGUUAACAGUACUGCUCGUAAUGAAGAUCUGAUGGGCCGCAACCGCACUUCCGAUGGUGAAAUAGCGACAACAAAACGUAGGCGUGAGAGGAAAGAGGCAACGUUGCUAUCUAAGUAUCUGGACAAUUUGCCUGAUGCAACCGAUCAAUCAUUUCGCGAGUUUGACUGCCACCAGUCGUUGAUUGACCUUGACGUCAAGGAGGGGUUAUUGUAUAUUAUAGAUCUUAGGAGCACAAUUCUAAAGCGUACACUUUUGAAGAAUCGCAAGAAACAACGCGUGUUUGACUUAAGUGGUAUAUUCCCGGUUGACUCGUCGAGCACGAACCUCUCCACCGAAGACCGAGAGCAGGAUGGUAAGGCGGAGGAGAGCACUCACGAUAUAAAUGAUGCCGGAGACGUAUCGUCUAAUGUAAAGGAGGUCUCAGAUGCCCAGAAUAAUAUCGUGGCUGAAAGUACUGACGGCAAUGCUGCAGCCGAUAAAUCUUCAAACGCUGCAGAUGAGGCAUCGGGAAGCGGGGUGGAACUAGCGGUUAAGACUACCCCGUUGCCUGCUAUCUCCGACGAUAGUGGCAACACUCUGGAUGGACUAUACAAGGUGCUCUGGCAGGAUACGGCCCGUGAAUUAACACGAAUUUCACACUUCCAGCUGAAGGAUCAGAGUGGCUUCCGUGAAAUCUGUGCCUUUGGUACGCGUGCAGACUGUCGAAUGCAAAAUCCCAUGUCUUUCUUGUGUAAAAAAGUACACUUCAAGCGUAUUAUUUUACCUAAUACGUUGGUACAACUGGGUGACUGUUCCUACCUGGACACUUGUCGACAUAUUGAAACUUGCCGUUUCGUUCACUAUCAGGUGGAGAGUGAUAUGUCUCCUCGUCCACCAAUCGACAUGGUAUCACAAGGUCAAUGGAUUUGCUGCGAUGUUCGUAAGCUUGAUUUUUCGAUUUUCAAUCCUUUUGUGUCUGUCGUUAUGGCUGACCCACCUUGGGACAUUCACAUGGACCUUCCUUACGGUACUAUGAAGGACUCUGAGAUGCGUCAUCUAAAGGUUCAGAACAUCCAGAAUGAGGGUUUACUUUUCCUGUGGGUGACUGGUCGCACCUUGGAGGUUGGGCGUGAGUGUAUGGAGAUUUGGGGUUACCGUCAAUUAGACGAGAUUGUGUGGGUUAAAACUAACCAGUUACAGCGCAUCAUUCGCACCGGCCGUACCGGUCACUGGCUUAACCAUUCCAAAGAGCACUGUCUCAUUGGUAUCAAGGGCAACCCUGUGAUUAACCGUUUCCUCGACUGUGAUGUUGUGGUCUCCGAGGUCCGCGAAACCUCUCGCAAACCUGACGAGAUCUACGGUAUCAUUGAACGUAUGGUACCAGGUGCGUUGAAGUUAGAGAUUUUUGGUAACCAGCUGGACGGUUACAAGCUGACUCAUCCGGAGAUCAAGCGUCGAUAUGAAGAGACAUUGUCUAAGGGUGAUGUCAGUGGCGUGUCAGCCACUGCUUCAGGCGUGGACACGGUAAAUGCCGUGGCACCCAAUGCUGCCACGUAA